AUGAAACAAAUGUAAGAAAAAUUUUUGCAAACUCAAAUAGAAAAAUAGAAAGUAGAAAAGAAUAAUAAAAAAUUGGAAGCUUAAAUUAAAUCAUUAAAUACUUAAAUAGAAACAAUUACUCAAAGGUGUACAUUUUUAACUGAUCAAAUAAAUCUGGAAAAAAUGAAUAGUAAAGGACUCAGUUAGCAAAUGCUCUCUUGCGAUGUGGUUGAAAUGAGUAGUUAAUUGACUCAAUUCUAAAACUAAUAAAUAUAUGAAAAAGAUAAAAAAAUUUCAGAAUUACUCAAAGAAUUAGAAUAAAAAAAUAAUGAAAUUUCAAAAUUAAAAGCAAUAAUAUCAAUUUCAAAUUUCACUUGCAGUGGAACAGAAUAAAAAUUCUAAGAAUAUGAAUAAGAAGUUGAUAAAUAGAAAUUAAAGAAGGAAAAAUUAUAAACUAGAGUUGAUAAACUUCAAUAAACAAUAGGAGCAGAAGCAUAAUUUAGAAUUGAGUUAGAACACUUAAGAGCUGAGAAUUAAAUUUUUUCAUAACUUCUAGGCUUUGCUCCUAGUUUAGAAAAUCAAGGUGAAUAUUAAUAUAAUCCUAAUUCAGUGCAGUUAAAAGUGAUAAAAAAUAUAAAAUUUCCAAUUAAACCUUAAAAUUUAACAUUUGAUUUUUGCAAAAAUUGCAAUAGAGAAUUUUAUCAAUACCGUUCAUGUUGCAAUCCAUUAUAUUCUUUGAAUGANUUAUUUUUAUAAUUAAUUUUAAUAUUUUUCUUAUAAACUCAAGGACAAAAUAUUAAUACAAGUCUUAAUAUGCAACAGAUUUGCAUAAAUAAAAGGUUAGCGAACAUAAUACAACAGAAAAAAUGA